CUUCUCUUUAUAAUUUGUUGUGUGGUGCAACAAUUUAAAGUAGGAGAGAGAAACCCACCUCAACAAACAAACACUAUUUCUAAAAACUCCCACUCAUAGCUAGCUUGCCCUCUUCAAACAUUAACAAAUUCAUCCUCUAUAUUAUUCUACACAUAAAUCUCUCUAAAUAAAUAAAUAAAUCAAUCAAUCAACCAAAUUAAUAGUUGCAUUUUCUUCUAGUUGAAGUAUAUAUAAAUUCUUGAGCCGUCUAAAUAAUUUUGUUAAUAUUAUUGUCAUUGUUAUUUGUUAUUGCACUAAUUAUUAAUUAACCUGUUUUUCUCCCUAAAUCUGAUCACAUCAAAUCUUGUGUGUUUAUUUGCACUUCUUCAAAAACAUGAGGAUUAGGAAAAGAAAGGUACCGUUGCCACUUUCUCUUCUAUCUCCAGUACCCCUUUCAGAUCCCAACCUUUUCAGCCGGUCACCGGUCAUGGUAACCUUACAAGGUGCUGAUUAUACCUCCGCUUCCGAUCUACGCCGUCUGAUCGUUGCAAAUACUUCUGAUGAUACUACAAGAUUUGAAGGAGGUGAUGAUGGAAUACAAGCAAGUAAUGAUGUUUUAAGCAACGCAAGCAUAACAACAACAACAACAACAACAACAACAACAACAACAAGGGGUGCAGCGAUAGCAGUAGCAGACUUAGCAGUAGCAGCAGAUGAUGAUAAUAAUAAUGGACUUUUAUCUCUCUCCAAUAAUAAAGUAUUAGGAAGGUGGUGCGAUGGAGAUAAAGCAAUUCCACUGAAAAAGAGAAGAGGGAUCAGUUUCAAUAACGACUUUGUUGAAAUUGAACAACACUCGUCUACAAUAAUAGUAGACGACAAGAAAUUAAACGCGGCUACCCUAACAAAGCGCAACCUCAAAGAAGACGAACAAAGCACCAUCCAUGACGAUAAUAAUAACAACAACAACAACAAUAGUAACGCGAAUGUAGUGGUGUUAACGAGUGCAAAGAAGAGCAAUAGCAAAAGAGGUAACACAAUAAUGGAAGGAUCAAGGUGCAGCCGAGUGAAUGGGAGAGGGUGGAGAUGUUGCCAACCUACACUUGUAGGUUAUUCUCUUUGCGAGCAUCACUUAGGGAAGGGAAGACUUCGAAGCAUGACGAGUAGUAGUAGUACUAGUAGUAGUUUAAAGUCUCGAGCUGCUUCCAAGAAGAAGAUCAACAGCCUAAUCCAAAAUAAUACGAGUAAUUUCGCGUUAGGCCGCGUUGAGAAAGAUAAUUCUUGUGACAAUGAGAAGAGUAAGCUGGAAAGGAUGAGCUCGUUUGGGAAUAAGAGGGUGAAACUUGGAGUUGUUAAAGCUAGAUCACUUAGUAGUUUGUUGGGUCAGACAAAUACUAUCAGUAAGAUUGUGGGAGAUGAAACUAUGCAGCAGCAUCAAGAUCAUUACUGAGAUUCUAUGGAUUUUUUCAGGUUAGAGUUAUAUAUCUCUGCUUGAUACUGAAUAUAUAGUGUAUAAUAUAUAAGUAAAUUUAUGGUGCAACUCUAAAAUUAAACAUGGAGAUAUUUGGUGCAGUUUCACUUGUGGUUUUGUAUGAAUGAAUGAUGGACGAUGAAGCAGUUUUAGUUUAUUUUGUAAUACAUGUUGGGUGAUAUAACUAUAAACUAUAUAAGAGGGAGUUAAUAGAAACUUUAUAGUAAA